AUGGUUGCAAAGACAGAGUUUAAAGCUGCGUGGGCUAUAGUCCUAACCAGUACCAAUAACUAUGUAAAAGGAGUUAUUGCCUUGGCAGAAGCGUUGCGUCAUGUCCAUAGCAAAUAUCCACUUUUGGUGCUUCACACGGAUGCAGUAUCUGACAAUGCUCUAAAGUUACUCGAGCUAGCAAAUUGCACUCUCAGGCGUAUCGACCCGAUCAAACCAAAGGCAAAGAUAGAUUACUUUGCUGAAAGGUUCAUUGAUACUUGGACUAAGCUUGGAGCAUGGGGUCAAACAGACUAUGAUCGUCUUGUUCUAUUGGAUGCAGACAUGCUUCCAUUUCAAAAUAUGGAUGAGCUUAUGACAAUGAAGCUUAGAAGCAAGUAUUGGGUAGCUGCCUGCCAUGCAUGUACCUGUAAUCCACAAAAGAUUAAGGCAUACCCGUCUGAUUGGGUUCCGGCAAAUUGUGCUUACACACAUAUCCAAGGAGAUUUUCCGAUCAAGCCCACUCGCCACUACUUUAACAGUGGACUUAUUGUGCUCACACCAUCUCAAAACUUGUUUACCGACAUGUUAGCUCGUCUUCAUGCUACUCCCGAUCUUAGCAUUUAUCCAUUUCCCGACCAAGAUUUCCUCAAUGAAGUUUUUUCUGGCUGCUGGGUCACUCUUCCCUAUAUAUAUAAUGCCCUCAAGACUCUUCCUCAGGCCCAUCCUUCUCUAUGGCACACCUCUGACCUUAAAAAUGUGCACUAUAUCCUCUCAAAGCCCUGGGAUACAGAUGACAGUUCAAUGAAAGAGGAUGAUAAGAUAUACUACUCGCUCUAUAAAGUCUGGUGGAGCGCAUAUGAGCGUGCCAUAGAACGCCUUCCAUUAAAUAAGGCACUGGUUGCCUUUUAGACACUCUUAUUCUUAUAUUUUCCCUUAUAUUACCCAUCUGUUUUUUUUUCUAAUUUAAAUACCACUAUAAACUAACAUAUUUGCUACUAUU